AUGGGGGAUGAUUUCAUGAAAAUUGUCGACUCUGAAUCACCAUCGAUAGCAUCCUCUUUAUCCUCAGUACACCGAGAAAACUUAGCUAAAAACAGACACAUUUUGUCCAAAAUAAUUGAAGUGAUUAUUCUUUGUGGUCGUCAAAACAUACCAUUGCGUGGUCAUACAGAGGAUCGAAGCAAUUUUAUUGCAAUUCUAGAAAAUCUUGCCAAAAAUGACCCUAUUCUUUCUGACCAUCUUGCAUUCUCGACAGGCGUAAAAUACACUUCUCCCGAUGUACAAAAUGAAAUAAUUAAAAUCUGUGCUGAUCAAAUACUGAAAAAGCUAAAAGACUGUUAUCAAAAAGCUCCUUUCUUCGCUAUUCUUGCUGAUGAGACACAAGAUAGAUCCACAAAAGUUCAGUUUUCUGUUUGUAUUCGCUAUGUCCAUGCCGAAAAUAAUGCAGAAAUAAAAGAAAUAUUUCUGGGCUUUUUGCAUGCAAAACACACAACAGGUGCCUACAUUGCUGAAAUUCUCCUCGACUUUAUGCAAACCCAUGGUCUAUCAUUAGAAAAACUCCGUGCUCAGGGCUAUGAUGGGGCAAGCAACAUGUCCGGCAAACACAAUGGCGUUCAGGCAAUUGUACGACGCUCGGCCCCUGAUGCUCUAUAUGUCCACUGUAAAGCCCAUUGUCUGAAUUUGGCCGUUGUAGACUCCUGCUAA